AGGGGCGAAGUCCUCGAAGAAGUGGGGGGAGGCCAGAGGAAGUGGCUGGGCCUGAAUUGGCACUGUGCCUGACACAAGAGCUUGUGCAUCCCCCUAGUCUUCAGUUUUGUCUUCUGAGCCGAUCGUCUGGGGGCAGGGGCCCAUCUCUGUCUCCAACUCCUCUGUUCUAUGACCCCUGCUUACCUGUGGCCCUGGGGAACGAAGAAGAGCCAGUGUCUGAGCUCAGGAGUGAAACCCAAACACUGGUGAUAGAGUUCAUCUUAGUUCCUGGGAAUUGAAUUUAUUUCCCUCCUAUCUGCAUAAAAGUUCAGGAGCCCUGGAAAGGAGAAGGAAUAAGACGACAGGAGGAAGAGAGAGAGAGGGUAGAAUGGAAGAAUCUCACUUCAAUUCUAACCCGUACUUCUGGCCUUCUAUCCCCACAGUCUCAGGACAGAUUGAGAACACGAUGUUCAUCAACAAAAUGAAGGACCAGCUGCUGCCAGAGAAGGGCUGUGGGCUGGCUCCACCCCACUACCCCACCCUGCUGACAGUGCCUGCCUCAGUGUCCCUGCCCUCAGGCAUCAGUAUGGACACAGAGUCCAAGUCAGACCAGCUGACCCCACAUAGCCAGGCAUCCGUUACCCAGAAUAUCACCGUGGUCCCUGUGCCGUCUACAGGACUGAUGACUGCUGGAGUCUCCUGUUCUCAGAGGUGGAGAAGAGAAGGGAGUCAAUCAAGGGGUCCUGGUUUGGUAAUCACGUCCCCCUCAGGCUCCCUUGUGACCACAGCCUCAUCAGCUCAGACCUUCCCCAUUUCGGCUCCCAUGAUUGUCUCAGCUCUUCCCCCUGGCUCACAAGCCCUGCAGGUGGUCCCUGACCUCUCCAAGAAGGUAGCAUCAACCCUAACAGAGGAAGGAGGAGGAGGUGGUGGUGGAGGUGGCAGUGUGGCUCCUAAGCCCCCUCGGGGCCGGAAGAAGAAGCGGAUGCUGGAAUCAGGGCUGCCUGAGAUGAAUGACCCUUAUGUCCUCUCCCCCGAGGAUGAUGACGACCAUCAGAAAGACGGCAAGACUUAUAGGAGCGAAGGGAACUGCGGCACAGGAAAUGGACAGAGCCUUGGGCUCAUGGAUUCAGUUCCCGGCUCCACCACGAACUUGCUGUGUGACCCUGGGUGCCGGAUGUGCUCACUGACAUUCUACUCAAAGUCGGAGAUGCAGAUCCACUCCAAGUCACACACCGAGACCAAGCCCCACAAGUGCCCGCACUGCUCCAAGACCUUCGCCAACAGCUCCUACCUGGCCCAGCACAUCCGUAUACACUCAGGGGCCAAGCCCUACAGUUGUAACUUCUGUGAGAAAUCCUUCCGCCAGCUCUCCCACCUCCAGCAGCACACCCGGAUCCACUCCAAGAUGCACACGGAGACCAUCAAGCCCCACAAGUGCCCGCACUGCUCCAAGACCUUCGCCAACACCUCCUACCUGGCCCAGCACCUCCGAAUCCACUCGGGGGCCAAGCCCUACAACUGUUCCUACUGCCAGAAGGCCUUCCGCCAGCUCUCCCACCUCCAGCAGCACACACGAAUCCACACUGGUGACAGACCAUACAAAUGUGCACACCCGGGCUGUGAGAAAGCCUUCACACAGCUGUCCAAUCUGCAGUCUCACAGACGGCAGCACAACAAAGAUAAACCCUUCAAGUGCCACAAUUGUCAUCGGGCGUACACGGACGCAGCCUCCCUCGAGGUGCACCUGUCUACGCACACGGUGAAACAUGCCAAGGUGUACACCUGCACUAUCUGUAGUCGGGCAUACACGUCGGAAACGUACCUUAUGAAACAUAUGCGGAAACACAACCCUCCUGAUCUCCAGCAACAAGUGCAGGCGGCGGCGGCGGCGGCGGCAGUGGCCCAGGCCCAGGCCCAGGCUCAGGCCCAGGCCCAGGCUCAGGCCCAGGCCCAGGCCCAGGCCCAGGCCCAGGCCCAGGCCCAAGCCCAGGCCCAGGCUCAAGCCCAGGCCCAGGCCUCCCAGGCAUCACAGCAGCAGCAGCAGCAGCCACAGCCACCACACUUCCAGUCCCCUGGGGCAGCCCCCCAGGGUGGGGGCGGCGGGGACAGCAACCCCAACCCUCCACCCCAGUGUUCCUUUGACCUGACCCCUUAUAAGACGGCGGAGCAUCAUAAGGACAUCUGCCUCACUGUCACCACCAGCACCAUCCAGGUGGAGCACCUGGCCAGCUCGUAGAGACCUGUGCUGCCACCCACUGGGAAGAGGGGAAAGAAGUUCUGGUCCCUUCUUUCUCCAACUUCUCUUGGUGGGAAAAGUCUUCUUCCUUGACAGGCCUUGGCUCCAUCUCCUUGGGCCUCGGGCACGGCCUUCCUACACAGGAUACCAUGCUUAUUCUCAACUCCUCUUCAAAAGGAACAUCAGCCCUCCUGAUUGGCAAAGGAAUAAUACGCUGGUAGUAUAAUCCAGCAGCCUCCCCUUCUAAGCAUAGCUUUUCAAAAUUGGGGGUUGGUGCUCAAGGGAGGGAUUUGCUAUGACCUCAUAGAAACUUUUCCAGUGUGGGCACUUACCCUCUCGUUACCCUCAUAAUCCUCAAAGUUGGGGUUGGUGGAAGACUAGAGGCUGGUCCUCCCAGAUCUCUGAGAGAAGGGAGCCCUAAAGGCAACCAGCCUCCCAUUCUAUUCUUGUCUGCAAAAGAACAGAGGUUUCUCACAUGCCCCGAUCCCCAGGAGCCGUCUUCCCCUCAUGGUCUCACUUCACUUCCUACCUAAUGCUGGAAGAGGGAGAUCUGGGUGGGGGUCAGACCCCCUUUAUUUCUAAAGGGGCAAGGGCUGAGAUGUGGUCCCCAAGGGGCCAGAGAUCCCCAAAAUGGUCAAGGGUGGCUUAGAAGUGUGGGUUAUGGUUUUCCUUGAAGCCUCUCCCCUUCUCUGCCAGCCAAGGCCCUAUACUCAGUCUCCCAGUCCCAAAGCCAGAGGAGCUGUGGGAGCUUUGUGUUCUCUAUGAAAGCCCAAAACAAGGGGUGUUGCAGAGAAGGGAGAGUUCAGGGCAAACACAAGGACUGGACUUAGCUCCCUAGGUGCCACGGUCAGUUGCCGGACACGGAUUUAUAUAUAAAUAUAUAUAUAAAUAUAUAUAUAUAUACCCACUCAUCACGGCCAUCUUUGUUGUAACCAUUUCUGUGUUUAUAAAUGCAUUAUCUCUGAGAAUUUUCAUAUUUGAUGUUUUGUUUAUUUUUGUCCUUUUUGUUUUUCUCCACCCACCCUGUCUUCUGGCCAACGGCAUUUUUAUUUCCUUUUGUCCUUUUUAUUUGUUUGUUUUUAAAUCAUGGCAGAUUUCAGAGAAAAGAGAAAAUGAAAAAAAUCAGGAAACCAGUUGUUAUAAAGCAAUUUAAAAUGAAGAAAAAAAAACUUAUGUACAAACCAAGGGGUGUUUUUAGAACCUUGUAUAGAAAUAAAUUCGUGUAAAAGGAU